UCAAUAUGACAUUAAAUUCUAGUAACCCUGUUGAAAAGCCUUUAACGUUCAGACAACUAGAAUAUUUAAUUUCUCAGUGGGAAUGUCUUACAGAUGAAUUUCAAGAAAGAUUUCAAUGUCAAAAUGAAGCGGUAAACAAACUUCUUGGUAAUUGUUGUACUAACCAACGUAAACUAGUACCUAUAGAUCGACGAAUUACUGAUAAUAAAACAUCUCAGCAACAGACAGAAUGUCUUCUUGAAUAUAUUUACAAUAAUUUAUUGGAAGUAGAAAAGCAACUUGAACCACUGGAAAAAGAUGAUAUGUGCAAGUGCGUAAAUUUUCCAGAAGAUCCUUGGAGAUAUGAAAUAUACGACAAAGUGGAAUCCGUAUAUGCGCUUAUCAGUAAUGCACAGCAAGCUCUUACCUUGGCAGAAAUGUAUAUAUGCUCAAGCGGUAUAUUAUUACAAAACAAAUUUUGUAAAGUAGCUUACAUUUUAAAUAUACUGCUUAAAGUAUUAGAAUACUGCGAAACACAAAUCAACAAAAUGGAAAUUGUGGCUAGUCGAACUUCAGUAUACUUUUGUUUAUAAUUUUUCUAUUGUAAGUAUUUUAAUAAAGAACUAUUU